AUGGCUGCUUACGCCUAUGCACGAUCGCUCGCUGACAAGCUUCGCGAAACGUACGCAUUCACCGCACAUACCUCCACAUUUCGUGACACUGGUAAAAUCACAUAUGAAGAGUUCGUGGCUGCUGGAGACUUUCUGGUCUACAAGUUUCCUUCCUGGGCUUGGUCGAAGUCGCCUUCGUCUAAGCGUGACGAUAAACUUCCGGAAGACAAGCAAUUUUUGGUCACAAGAGGACUGCCGUGCCAUCGGAGAGCCGCAGAUCUAGCUGGCCAUGCGGGCAACGAUGAGACCGUAGUUGGAGAUGGUCUGGGUGGUGUUGAUGGCGAUGGGGAUGGUUGGCUGAGGACAGGUGGCAUGGGAGACAGUGAGGUGCGCAAAGUGGGAGAGGUCAGGACGAUGGACGACACUGGCAAGGUCGAAGAUCACGUCGAAGAAGAGGAGAUUCCGGACAUGGAAGACGAAGACGACGACGCCGCCAUCAUCAGAGAUACCAGAGAAUCCUCGACCCGAACCUACAAUCUUUACAUCACAUAUUCGCGUUACUACCACACCCCUCGAACCUGGCUCUCCGGCUAUUCGUCUUCUAACAAGCCUCUUGGUAAAGGUGAAAUAGAAGAGGACAUUAUGGGCGACUACAGAAACAAGACUACUACCCCUGAAGACUUUCCAUUCUUCGAUAGCGUCAAGAUGCUUUCCAUACACCCAUGCGAACACGCCAAUGUCAUGAAGGUGUUGCUAGACCGUGCAGACGCUGCACUCAAAUCGAAAUUAGCUAAAAUGAAAAGAGGCGAAAGGCCAAAGGGGGAACAUGGUCUCGAGGGACUCGUGGAAGACACCAAGAACCUGACCAUCAAGGACAAGAGCAAAGGCCGUGAAGAAGGCGACGAAUGGGAAAUUCUACAAGCAGAGGGCGGGACUGAGGAAGAUGAAGAUGAGGUCGCGAUCCGUGUUGAUCAAUACCUCAUUGUCUUCCUCAAGCUUAUGGCCAGGUUCGCAUAUUCCUCAAUUGAGAGGAGACUGCCAGCUAACAUAGUGUCAAGUGUCACUCCAACCAUCGAGCAUGACUUCACCAUGGCCGUGUGA